ACGCAAGCCAUCGAGCGAGGCAGCCUUCUUUUCUGCCCGACACGCUCCUGAGCCGCUGCGUUAAUUCGCAGGCACUCCGUUCGAAUUUUCGAACGUUCUACGGCUGGCCGCGGGCGCCUUCGAACUCGACGACGAGGGUGGGAGGCAGACCGAUCGUCGUCAGCUGCCCGAGAACGAGCGACAGGGUUCUGUUUUCUGCUCUCUCCGUGGCCUCUGCGCGCGCGAGAGUGGCGAAUUGCUCGUCGAGAGGGUUUGGCGUGGGCGCGCUGGGGGAUCGAUUCGGUCGAUUCGUGAUCGACAGAUUCGGUUGUUUGGGUGCAGGAGACAGACAUGGGCACCGCGCACAGUCGGGAGGGCGAGUUGGAGGAUUCCGAGUCCGAGGAUGAGUCCGUGGCCUCGGAAGCCAGUGGCUACCAUUCCGCUGAUGGUGAGAAGGAAGAGCCCCGGAGGCCCGUGCGGAAAAGUCCUGGAGCCGCGGGGACUUCGAAGGGCAAAGCUGAUGUUUUGAGUUACAAACUUGGUAAUUUGUCACUGAGCCCGGGUGUUCCUCCGACGCAUAAGCGAGCGAAAUUGUAUCUGCAUACCGGUGGCAACACUGCCAAAUCACGGUGGACGGUGUAUGGGAAAGAAGUAUCGUACGAGUUUGUGAAAGAGCAAGAGGAUGAAGAUGAUGAGGAUGAUGACCGUGAGUGGAUUUCUCAACGCACGGGGAAAGCUACUUGGGUCGACUGGUAUCUCAGAGUCGCUGACAGGGUUUCCGCAAAGAUUGACGACGCGCUUCAGAUGCAGUUUUUCGACGACCAAUUGCGGGUUGACUUUGUGUCACGAGGUGUGUGGGCUAUGAAGUUUGCUAAUAAAACGGACUACGAGGAGUUUGUACACGAGUUCCAAAACAGUAAAUUUGAGAACAAUUACCAGAUGAAAGCCACGGAAGAAAACAAAACCAAGGUGUUUGGAAAAGACUUCAUGACCUGGGCAACUGGUGAAGACGCCGACGAAUCAGUUUGGGAGGAUGCCGAAGACAGUCUUGAAGAGCAAAAGGUUGCAAGCAGGAAGUUGAAAGAAACCUACAAUGAGGCCUUAGAAGGUGGUGCCAAGAGUUUGACGAUGGGUGCCGGUGAGCAUAGUUUUCUGAUUGGUAACUCGGGUAUUGACGUUUUUCGAAACAUGGCAACCGGAGUACAUGGUAAGGGUGUCUCGAUACGGUUGCAAGGUGGUACUCCUGGAGAUCCAUUCUCGACACCCAAAAAGGGCAUGCUGAUUAGAGGCGAAAGUAAUAUGAUGCUGUUGAGUCCCGCGAAGGAUGCUAAACAGCAUCCUACAGGUGUGAGUCAGCUAGACCUGGCCACAGGUAAAGUCGUCUCUGAAUGGAAGUUUGAAAAAGAUGGUGCUCCUAUUAGCAUGAGAGACCUGACGAAUGACAGCAAAGGGUCUCAAUUGGAUAUGAAUAAUACUUUCUUGGGACUCGACGAUAAUCGCUUGUGUAGAUGGGACAUGCGAGUGCAAACAGGUAUUGUGCAGCAGCUCUCCAGUCCUAUACUUAGCUGGAAUGAGGGUCAUCAGUUUGCCAGAGGCACAAACUUUCAAUGUUUCGCAUCUACCGGGGAUGGCGCCGUUGUGGUUGGAUCGAGGGACGGCAAAGUUCGCCUGUAUGGAACUACCUCUAUGCGAAUGGCAAAGACUGCCUUUCCUGGUUUGGGCUCACCGAUUACGCAUGUGGACGUUACUUAUGAUGGGAAGUGGAUUUUGGCUACAACUGAUACUUACAUGAUUCUCAUUAGCACUCUUUUUAAGGACAAGGAUGGAAAGACCAAAACAGGAUUUACUGGGCGGAUGGGAAGUCGUAUAGCAGCCCCUCGCCUCCUGAAGCUGAACCCUGUUGAUGCGCACGCCGCUGGGGUACACAAAUUCAUCGGAGGCCAAUUUUCAUGGGUCACAGAGUCUGGGAAACAGGAACGUCAUUUGGUGGUGUCUGUCGGGAAUUUCUCAGUAGUAUGGGACUUCAUGCGGGUGAAGCAGAGUGACCACGAAUGCUACAGGCACGAAAGGGGUCUGAAAAGUUGCUACUGUUACGAAGUGGUUCCUAAGGAUGAAUCGAUCGUCGAAAGUAGAUUUAUGAAUGAUACAUUCCAUUCUAUUGCUUCUCCUGAAGCACCACUUGUAGUAGCUACACCGAAGAAGGUCACUUCUUACAACAUAUAGUCCCUCAGGUUAGGUUACGUCUUGUAACUUCAAGGUUACAAUUUAGAUAUUUGCAGAGGUUUUACAACUUUAGGUUCCAAGCCCUUCUUUGUCAAUCAAGAUAGUUAGGUUCACAGGAACUUCAUAGCACAUUCAAACGUUGUUGCAGGCGUGUACAAUUAUAUGUUCGUCCUCGUUAGGCUUCGGUCCUGGUUUCUUCCUGUUGACAACUUCAUCACAGAUAUAACUGCGACUUAAAGAGUGUUUGUGGCAAAGUUCGCUUUAACUUUAACCUUACUUAUUUGUUGGUGGAUAAUUCUUUCGGUCCGGUUCUCAGUCAGCCAUUACGAACAGAAACCUUGGCUAGCCCUUCAGAUCCAGUAUCCAGGACACGACAGUUACAACCUUAUUUUCAUUUCCGGGUACUUUCGAAUUGGGAAGAUAAGGGCUACUGAAUCCAGCGAAAAUUAAACCAUCUCCGGAGUCGAUUUUUGAGAUCAAUGUAAGAUACGUAACUGGAUUUGGAAAUGUGCUCCCAGCCUGUGGAGAAAACAGGGCUUCAGACAGUCUCAUCUUGAAGCCGUUGGUAGUGUUUUGAAGCACCCGAGAUGCUUUCAAGGAUGGCACACAUGGUUAGCAUUGCUCUGGAGCCGCUGGUAAGCAACUAACUCAUGUAUUUCAGUCUUGCGCGCAUCGUGAAGCUGACUUGUUAUUAAGUUAUAAGCUAGUUCAACCCAUUGUCAUGUGUCAAAAGUAAUGUGGAUUGCCUUGCUCGGGCGCUGCAGAGUUUAGCUUCUGUCAACAAGCUUCUUCUGUGGCGUAGAUACAAGUCUUACAGAAAUUGCACUUUCGGCCGAUUUCUGUUAGCUGUGAAAACUUUUUCCAGUUACAGAACCUCGACCUGCAGGAGCAGUUUUAGAUACCACCUUCCAAGAAUCUUUGAUGGCGGCAAAGAGUCUGUCAACUUGUUUAUUGUUUGUACCGUGAAUGUUACGUGAUUACUUGGCUCUCCAUGGCCUUUUCAAGUGUCCAGUUCUUUUAUGAACUUGGUUUUACA